UACGACGUAACAAUCCGGCCCCAGCACCGGGUGUGGGGUGGAGCGAGUGACGGGAGCGCAGCAACUUAAAAGACGGCCGACUCUGAGUGACCGGUGAUCGGCUGAUGGGCUCGCAGCAACCGUGACACGGCAGCCCAGGAAAAGGAGGAGGCUGAGGAUGGCUCCGCCGGCUUCCUCUUGCUUCCACGGGAAUAGCACGGCGCCGAAAGCGGCCGGCGCCCUGCCGCUGCUGCUCACUGGCCUGAUCCUCUUUUUCUUGUUCCUGCUGCGCGGCACUGCGCUACCGGCUCAGAUCAAGCCAUUAGUUGAAAGUGAACAGUUGCUGUGGAUAAGUGGCAUCAUUGGCCAUGUUGACACCUUCAGGAUCCCCCUCAUUGCAGUCACCCCCCACAAUAACCUCAUUGCUGUGGCAGAGGCCAGAAAGCAUUCACCGAAGGAUAUUGGUGCUAAGUUCAUUGCUGUCCGCACGUCUAGUGAUAAAGGUGAAACCUGGAGCCCCACCACCUUCAUUGAUAAUGAUGGUUCAAAGAUUGAUGGCCUGAAUUUGGGGGUGUUAUUGGUCGAUGAAGAGAAGGAUCUGAUUUUUAUCAUGUACACAACAUGUGCCCAUCACUAUCAUUGUAAUGUUUCCAGCACGCUCCUGAUUGAGAGCGAGGAUGACGGAAGGACCUGGAGCCAACCGAGAAACCUGUCCAAAAUGACUGGUACCAAGAUGUUCGCACCUGGCCCUGGAUCUGGAAUCCAGAAAAAGUACAAUCCAAAGAAAGGCCGUUUGAUUGUCUGUGGGCAUGGGACGAUUGAGGAAGAUGGGAUAUUCUGUCUUUUCAGCGACGACCACGGCAAGACCUGGAGGAAUGGAGGGAGUCUGAAAGGAAUUCCGUACAGUCAGCCAAAAAAGUUCUUUGACUUCAAUCCAGAUGAAAACCAGCCCUAUGAAUUGUCGGAUGGUUCUGUGGUGAUUAACGCAAGGAAUCAGAAUUUCUACCACUGUCGCUGCAGGAUAAUAGUUAAGAGCUAUGAUGCAUGUGAGUCCCUGCCAAUAGAAAAUGUGACCUUUGACGAGACUCUGAUAGACCCAGCUGUAGCCGCUGGAGCUUUAGCCAAAGACAACAUUGUUUUCUUCAGUAAUCCUGCAAACCCAUCCAAACGUAUAGAUCUGACACUUAGAUGGAGUUAUGAUGACGGAAGAUCAUGGGUAAAGGACAAAAUGAUGAUCUGGCAUGGCCCGAGUGGUUAUUCCUCUAUGACUAUCUCCAACAAUACAAACAACGAACAAUACAUCUACUUGGUUUAUGAGAAGGGGCUUACAGCCAUAACAGAAUCCAUAUCGUUUGUGAAGAUUCGUAUCAAAUAAGAGCCUGAUUCCUUUUCUCGUUGCCUUAAAACAUCCAUGAAUAAUGGGUGUGUGAUCCAACCAAGUCUUAGUGAAACACAGGCUCCAACGUAUUGGGAAAAAGAAACACUUUUUUUAUACCACUACACAAUUUCAUAGUUUUCCAUUACUUAAAAUAGGUUUUCUGUAUUUUAAGUUGAAAUUAACAUGUUAAAACUCCAAAUUUCUUUACCAUCCUCUCACUGUGCAACAAGUAUUUAUUCCUCAACUUAAUGGUGAGCAUGAGACAUAGACUUGUCACCAUCUGCAAUGGAUUUGCAGCAUGAAAUGUUUGCACUUGUGGCCAGCCCUAAUCUCAAUCAGGUUUCGAAAACCUGCCCUUUUUUUGUACAUCAUCAUGUGGACUGUAUUGAAGCUGCUGGUAAACCUGCACUUUUUAAAAUAUUUUUAAAAGUAAAAUUUGUAAGAAUUUGUUCAAUUGAGCUGGGUGAACAUGUCAGUAUGUCGAAAUCUGAGGCGAGAGAGAGAAUCAUUGUGGCCUCUGACUUAAUAAGAAUGAGGUGUUUGGUCUUUUCUACUGAAGGUGAGCCCAGGUUGAGUCAUGAGUGAAAGCCCAGUAGGAGAGCUCUUUUAGGAAGAAUAUGUUUGGAUCAUCUGGUCUCAAGACAAUCCUUCUGAGUUAUGUAGGAGAAAGAUCAAAGUGGAAGGUUACAUUAUACAGCUUAAAUAACAGCUGGUUGGAUCAGGUGACCUUUUCUCAUUUCCCUAUUGUUGUGGUCUACAGACGUGAGGCUGGGCUCCUUAGGUGAAGGUCUGCUAAGCAGGCUGACUCUUCAGAAUAAAUAUUUGUAUAUUUUAAAUCUCCAACUCUGGCUAGUGCCUGUCCUCUUAGCUCUAUGUGGGGAGGGAUAUUUGGCAAAGAGUGGGGGUGUAUUUUUGCACAUACAGUACUGUAUAUAUGACGGAGAAAAUACUUGAACAAAAUGAGCUUCAGGGCAAUGGUUAGAGGUUCUGGGCUGCAGUGCAUCCAGGCUAGCAAGAGAUACAAAUUAUCAGCCAUGGUUUCUGCUCCAAACUAUAGGCCGAUUAGUUCUUGCCUAGAUGUGUACAGCGGCCAAAUGAUAGCGCAGUGAGUUUCAGGCUGCAUUUACCUCCAUUUUGUAUAUCUUCUGACAUUGCUGUCUCAGCUUGCAUGUGAUGAUUACCUAUUUUGGUAUCAGGAUGUUGCCAGUGCUUGAGGUACCAUACUCCCCCACCGUGCAACCUCCCCACCCCCCCCCCCCCCCCCCC